GACGAUUCACAUACAAAACACAAAGGUCCAGCUCGGAUCAGUAGGGCAUUUCAACUACCGACCAAAUGACGGAGACAUCGUCGCAAACAGAAAAGGCAGACCUGUCUAGCGGCAGCCAAGAUGUACAGCAGCAAAUUGAAAGUGGUAACCACGCCGACCGAGUCCUCAUCAACGCUUCGGGUCACGUCCAAGAGCUUCCCAGGAACUUUAGCUUGAUAUCACUCGCAGGUGUAGGGGUGACUGUGGGAAAUGUUUGGCCUGCAAUCGGUGGAUCUAUCCUGACUGCCAUCUUCAAUGGCGGACCACCCGGCGUACUAUACGAAUUCAUCACCGUUUCCGUCUUUUACUGGUGCAUCGCCGCCUCCAUCGCCGAACUCGCCAGCGCCAUCCCAACGACAGCAGGCGUCUACCACUGGGCGUCGGUAACUCCGGGGAGCCCACGAUGGGGCCGGUUGAUUGGGUAUUUUGCCGGAUGGUGGAACUACCUCGCCUGGAUCGCCGGCGCUGCCAGCAUGGCCUCCAUAUUCGGCAACACCAUGGUGCAAAUGUACGCCCUCAACCACGCCGACUUUACCGCGGAGCCCUGGCACGUCUUUGUCGUCUACAUCGUCGCGACGUGGAUCGCCUGCGCCGCCGUCUGCCUCGCCAACCGCGUCAUGCCGCACCUCAACAACCUCGGCAUCUUCUUCAUCCUCGCCGGCAUCCUCAUCACCGUGACCGUCGUAACCGCAAUGCCAGGCCGCGACGGCCGACCCCCGCACGCGUCGUCCGAGUUCGUCUGGACGUCUUGGCAAGCCGACAUCGGGUAUCCCGACGGGUUCGUGUUCGUGGCGGGGAUGCUCAACGGCGCCUUCUCCGUGGGUGCCGUCGACGUGGUGACGCACCUCUCCGAGGAGAUCCCGCACGCCUCGCGUAACGUGCCGCUGGCCAUGCUGAUGCAGGUGUCCAUCGGCUUCGCCACGGGCUUCGCCUACCUCGUGGCCGUAAUGUACGCCAUCAACGACUACGACGCCCUGUUCGCCGCCCCCUACCCGAUCGCGGCCAUCUACCACCAGGCCACGGGCUCCGCCGCCGCCGCGACGGGCCUGCUGGCCCUCGUCAUGGCCUGCAUCUCGCUCAACGUGGUCGGGCUGUACAUCACGACGGGCCGGACGCUCUGGGCGCUCGCUCGCGACGGCGCCACGCCCUUCCCGACCUUUCUCGGCAGGGUCAACAAGCGGCUCGACGUGCCGGUCAACGCGACGCUGACCUCGGCGGUGCUGGUCACGCUUCUGGGGGUGCUGUACGUCGGCAGCACGACGGCCUUCAACGCUUUUGUCGGCUGCUUCAUCCUCAUGUCGAGCAGUUCGUACCUCGCCGCAAUCCUGCCGAACCUCUUGACGGGUAGGCGGAACAUUCAGUACGGCGUGUUCAGGUUAAAGGGCUGGGUUGGAUUUACGCUGAACGGGGUGGCGUGCGCGUACAUGGUGGUGUGGUUUGUGAUUUACUGCUUCCCGUUCUCGCUGCCCGUCGACGAGAAGAGCAUGAAUUAUGCCAGUCUGAUCUGGGGCGGGACUACGAUCCUGGCGGGGUUUUGGUGGGUGUUUGGAGCGAGGCAUGGAUACCAGGGUCCCAAGACCACGGGCGGUAUCAUGGUUGAUGUUAUGGAGGCGGAUCGGGGGGACGUUGAUGUUGUUGUCCCUGUGCAGCAUAGAUAAUUAGGAGAUGUUGCCGCCGGAUCACCAAGAAGCUCGGGAAGUCGCGUAUUGAGCUGUUCAGGUGAAUAGAU